UAUAUGCAUGGGAGGCCACUCUACAGAGCAAACAUGGCUACUGAAAGACAUGCUGGCAAAAUAUACACCAGAGCAAUGUUCGAGCAAUUUGGACAUAUAAUAUACGAAUGUGGUGCUUACCAACUAGAAGAGGUAGAAAAAGGGAAAACAUGCGUUCCAAUCCAUACGGGUGCAGCUCGGAGAGAGAAAUGGUGCAGGAUUUCAUACAAGGUUACUGUCGUCGACGGUGGGGACGAAUUUGACUGCGAAUGUGGACAAUUCACUCACAUGGGAAUGCUGUGCAGCCAUAUUCUGAAGGUUCUAGACUUCAUCCGCGUGGCAGAAAUACCGAAGAAACAUAUAGUGAAGAGGUGGACAAGAGAUGCGAGGGACAUCCUGCCUCCACACCUUUGCCAGUACCAGAAGGACAAUGCUAACAGCAACAACCCCUUCAGUUACAGGCAUUUCAAUAUGUACAUGCAAGCGAUGGAGCUAGUCCGAAUGGGGGAUGCAAGUGUGCAAGCAUAUGACCGCCUCGUUGCACUGUUCAAGCAUUGUGCUGAAGAAAUGAAGCCAUACACGGAGAUUAGAGACGGCCUUGGCCUGGAGGACCGGAUGGCUAAAAUGGGAUUGUUGUCAACCAAAAUCCGGCAGAAGCUGAUCGACUAGGAACUGAUAUGGCGACCAAUGGACCAUUGAUGAACGAUGAUAUCAACUCAGGGAAUGAAUCAGGUAAUAUGCUUGCAGGGAUGCUGCCUCCUGCCAAGAGGAAGGAAAUGGGUAGGCCAACGACAAGUCGAGAUAAAGCUCCAUAUGAAGGGCUGAGCAAGAGAACUAGAUUUUGUACCAUAUGUCGAUGAGAAGGACAUAAGCGAACUACAUGCCCUGAUCGCGGGGAUGUGCCGAAGCAGCCCCGGAGGCCUGGAAGAUGCAAGAACUGUGGCGUUGAAGGGCACCGCAGGAACAACUGCCACAAAGCGGCUGAGCUGAGGCUAAAUAUGUGAUUGUAUGAGCGUCUGUACAAUGUUGAUGUAGGUGUUCUUCUGUAUUUUUAUGUAAUGAUGUACCAAAACUAUUUAAGCUUUGUGUUAGUCAACUUCUCUGAAAAAUACCUCCAGGACAACUUGCCUCUGCUUCUUCCCCGGGUGUAUUUGUUUGCGAACAUAUUAUUUAUU